CGGCCAGCAAAUUUCAGCCAUGCUUAUCUUCUGCUACAGCCUACCUAUUUACACGCCGAUCCUGCGCGACACGUGAAUGAGUUUCGGUGACGCGUUUCCAUAGAUGUGUCUUUCUCCGCAGCGCUGAUUGCGACUGGGACCAAAACGGCCGAAGUUGAAUAUCGUACACCCGUGAUAAAGGCCGGAAGUCCAGAUCUGUCUUCUAUCCGAUAGGUUCUCAUAGAUGGCCCGUCUAAUCGGCGUGGCGCGGUCGGCAGAGCCCCACAUGUAGAUUAGAUUCACCUCUCCAUCUGCGCCCAUGUCGAACGGUUUAGUGUGCUUCACGAAUUGCCUGCUUCCCCAAGAAGAUGGGGGUCUCAUAGAGAAGGACUUGUGGAUAGACCAGGAUAAGGGCAUCAUAUUGGAUGCUCAGCGGACUUUCUUCGAGAGGCGACAGCGUCCGGACAGGAUUAUAGAUCUGGCUGGAAACAUUUUGAGUCCGGGCCUAAUUGACAUUCAAAUCAAUGGAGCCUACGGGUUCGACUUUUCGGUUUAUGAUGGAGACGACGAGGCAUACCGAGAGGGCAUGAAAUUGGUUGCUGAGAAGAUCGUCGAGACUGGGGUCACUUCACUGGUCCCAACCCUGAUUACUCAAGAGAAGUCUCUGUAUCCCAAGAUAUUGACUCUGCUGCGCCCAUAUUCUACGCGAUCAUCGGCCACGCUUCUGGGAUGGCACGCCGAGGGACCCUUCAUCGAUAUGGCCAAACGGGGUGCCCAUGCACCUCCGUUUCUGCUCUCCGCUCCCGAGGGUUUCCAAUCAUUCGAAAGUGCCUACGGAUCCGAAAACCUUCUGGAUAAAGAAGACUGGCUCAUGGACAAUGAAGACCAGUGCGGCGUUCGUAUCAUCACUGCGGCACCCGAGAUAUCAGGUGUAAUGGACGCGGUGGAGGAACUGACUAAGAGAGGGAUCAUCUUCUCAAUGGGUCACAGUGUCGCGUCUUCUGAAAUUGCCACUGCGGCUGUGAUGCAAGGAGCGCGGCUCAUCACACAUCUUUUCAAUGCCAUGCCUCAACUUCACCACCGAGACCCUUCCAUCAUCGGGCUGCUCGGUGCAUCGCCGCACCUUUCCUCGCUCAACACCGACUUUACCCCUCCAUCGAGUCCUACCGCGACUUCUGCGCUGUCUGGUGUGACGUCCGAAGCAUUCGAUUACAAGCCGUCGACCGAAAGUGCCCCCACUCGACCCGAAUUGCACCUUGAGAAAGGCCGAGUGGCCGCCAUGGCUUUCGAACGGCCGUUCUAUGACAUGAUCGUCGACGGAAUUCACUCGCAUCCCAACUCUGUCCGACUGGCUUACACAGCAUAUCCCGCUGGUUGCAUCCUGAUCACGGACGCCAUGAAAAUCCUUGACCCUAAUCUGCGAGAUGGGAUCCACGAGUGGCGAGAUGGCAAGCGCUUCGUGAAAGAAGGGGAUAAAUUAUAUCUGGAAGGCACAAACACCUUAGCCGGUAGCGUGGUCACACUCGAUACCUGCGUCCGCAACUUCUCGCGCUUCACCGGCUGCUCACUCGGGGAAGCGAUCAAGUGCGCAACAUUCAACCCUGCAAGAUGCCUCGGCAUUGAAAACAAGAAGGGGACUCUGCGAGCGGGCGCUGAUGCCGACCUCACUGUGUUUGAUCGGCAAGGUAAUGUUGUCACAUCAACGAGUCACCGGCGAUCCUUGACUCGAUCCAACCAACCGAAGUCCAGCUCGAAUCCAAUUUUCAAUAUUCUGUGUGCCUCAUUACUCAGGGGGCUUCGGCUCCAGUUGAGGGUCCCGAUGGUAGCGCGACGAUUGACUCGGGACAUGUCCCUGACAACAGUCAACCGUGUCGCACCGUCCGCGUCUGAGGACUCCGCGCUCGUCAAGGCACUCAUCGCGCUGAGUAAGGAUAGCAAGAAGAAGAGACUCGUCACCUCGUCCAAGUAUGCCGCGCCAGCGGAUCCGUCCAUCAAAGUCACCAGCUGGAAGAUGAAUGAGUUCAAGUACUACGAAGUGCCAUCCCCGUUCCCAACACUUGCACGCGGAAUCUUCACGACCGAAGACGGGAACGGAGUGCAUCGGAUUGUCGCGCGUGGAUACGACAAAUUCUUCAACGUGGGAGAAGUGGGCUGGACCACAAAGCGGGCCUUGGAACAUCACACCACCGGCCCAUAUACGUUAUCUCUCAAGAGCAACGGAUGUAUUAUUUUCAUCGCCGCGCUGACGCCGGAGAAACUGCUCAUCACGUCGAAACAUUCCAUUGGGCCGGCGACGGAUGGGAUGAAGGUCAGUCAUGCGGAUGCAGGAGAGAAGUGGCUGCGCAAAUAUCUGGGAGAAAAAGGGCGGUCGGAAUCAGAUCUUGCGAAUGUGCUUUGGACGAACAAUUGGACUGCGGUGGCAGAGCUCUGCGACGACUCUUUCGAGGAGCACGUGCUGGGGUAUCCACCUGAACUCACCGGCUUGCAUCUGCACGGCAUCAACGAAAGCACGAAGGCCUUCAAGACACUCCCGCACGAGCAGGUCGACGCGUUUGCCAAGGAAUGGGGAUUCAUCACGACAGCCUCCCUCCAGCUUCCAACUAUCGCAGCGGUUCGCGGGUUCACGGACGAAUGUGCCAAGACAGGGACAUGGAACGGCGUUCCCAUCGAAGGAUUCGUCGUCCGAACACAUGUAGGCGAACCCCCCGCUGGCUCGCAUCCACGCAACGGGCCACCGUACCCGGUCGGAUCGACGUUCUUCUUCAAGGUCAAAUUCGACGAGCCGUACAUGAUGUACCGGGACUGGCGCGAGCUCACCAAGCAGCUUCUCACGAUGCGGGGCGGGCCGAUGGGGAAGAAUCCCAUGGCUGUCGGAAAGCUGUCGAAGAACAAAAUGCGCAGAGCAGAGACCAAGGCAUACGUCAACUGGGUCAUUGAGGAAAUCCAACGAAACCCUACUGCUUUCUUGGAGUACGGUAACAACAAGGGCAUCGUUGCCGUUCGAGAGCGAUUCUUGACCAGCGCCGAUGGACAUUCUGCCACGCUUGAUGGUUCACUUCCACUUUCUACGACCAAGAUUGAGUACGGCAAGACGAUCAUUCUUCCUGUGGCUAUUCCCGGCUGUGGUAAAACUGCAGUGUCGGUUGCACUGUCACACAUUUUCGGAUUUGCGCACACUCAAAGCGACGAUGUUCGCGCCAAGAAAGCCGCCCCUGUCUUCAUAAAAAACGUGUUCGAUCUCCUCAAGACGCACGAUGCGGUUAUUGCCGACAAAAACAAUCACUUGAAGAUGCACCGCGAGGCUCUGCGAACGACCGCCGCAUCGUUCCCCCAGCCAGUUCGCCUGCUAGCCUUGCACUGGGGACUCGAUGACUACCCACCAGCUGAGAUCCAUCGAAUCUGUGCCGAUCGUGUCCUGCAGCGGGGCGAAAACCAUCAAACUCUGCUCCCGGAUGCGAGUCAGGCCCAUGAACAAGUGUUGUGGAGCUUCAUCACCAAAUCUGAGCCUCUGGCAUCGGACGAGGUGGACGAAAUCGUGGAAAUGUCCGCUCACGAUGAUCUCGAGGCCUCUGUCAUCCGUGCUGUGAAAGGUUGCGUGCAGAUAUUGGGGCUCCCUGAGCCGACACCGACAAAGAUCCAGGGAGCACUGGACUAUGUCCGCAGAUACAAGCCGGCCAAAACGGGACAGGCUCCAACAAAAAUCAAAGGAAAGCCGCGGUACUUUGCUUUCCUCCCCGAGAUCGCUUUGGAGCCCUUGCUUGAGCCCUUGCUCGGAGGUAUCCCGUUCUGGCGUGCGGUGAAGUCUCGCGUGACGAAUCGUCCACACGUGACUUUAAUCCACCAAAGUGCCCUGCCUGGCUUGCAGCGCUUUUGGAAUCAGUGCAAGUCUCUGCAUGAGCUGAGCACGACUCCGCCGACAUUCAAGCUGCAACUGGGCCAUGUGGUAUGGAAUGAUCGGAUCAUGGCCCUCACUGUAGAUGCCGUCGCUCUCGAGCAGGAAGGAGCUGGCGGACAGCAUGGUGCCGAAUUUGUGUCCCAGAUACCUGAAGAAGCACGGCAGCGCCUCCAUAUAACCGUCGCUACACGUGAUGGAAGUGUCGCCCCCGUGGAAGCCAAAACGAUGGUAGAGAACUGGAGACUGGACCACAGCACCGCUCAUUCUUUGCCACUGGGUGAUGUGACGGCAACAGGACGAGUCAAAGGACUCCAAGCAUGA